AUGACAAGAAAUCCAAGUGUAUCAGGAUCUGAAGCAAGAUCUAUCACAUCGCGGGCAUCGGAAUUAUCCGUAUUAAAUGAUGAGGAGUGCAAACGAAUUCUAUCCGUUGUCGAGCGAGAUUUUAAACUUCGACAAGAAGAAUACAAGCGAUUAGAUGAGAUAAAGAAACUAAUUCGGCAAGAAAAUGAGCGUGUGCAAUAUUUGGGUGGUUCAAAAGAAUUCAAUGCUGAACGUUGUAUUAGAUGUUUCAAACCAUUUCGUAUUUUCUUCAAUCCAAAAGAAUCCUGUACAGAAUGUAAAUUUUUCGUAUGUCACGAAUGUGCGAAAUAUACUCCAGCAACAAAAACAUGGGCAUGUAAAACUUGUUUAGAACUGAAGAAUCUGGAAGUGUUGACAUCGGAUUGGUUUUAUUUCGAGUCAAGUAAAAAGCACAAACGAUGCGGGAGUGCGAAAGUUGUUCGUGAACUUCAUAAACGUGAAAAAGAACUGAUUGAACUCGAUGAAUAUGUGGAUGAUGCACUUGAUUACGAAGGUUUAACAAAUGCUUCGAAAGAUCCGGGUUCACUUGUUUCAUUCGUGCCGUAUGAUGCGAAUGUGAAACGUGAAUUGAAAGAAUAUUCGACGCGAUUAGCAUUACUUGUCGAACGAUUGCAAGAAGAUUUAAGUGAACGAAACACGUACAACAAUCAUCGAUCAGUUCGAGAUAAAAUUACAACGAUCGUACGACGAGGCGGCAAAGAAGGUCUCAAGGCUCAUCAACAGCAGCUAACAACCGAAAUCGCUCGUGCUCGGGUGGCUCUCAGUGGUCCUCUCCGACGUAAGUUAACUUAUCAUUCUAACCCAAUGUCUAAUCCAACGAAACAAGUUUUAUACAAACGCUAUCCGUCGAUGAAACGACUUCUGAUUAUCGUGGUAUCGUAUGUCACGAUUCUUCAAGUUUUAUAUGAAGUUCAAACAGUUCUGGUCUCGAUUCCAUGUCUAGCGAUAAUAACCAGUGUUUUUCUAUUAAUUUUGCCACAAAUGUUAUCAUCUAUUGUCUUAAAACCUGUUUCUCUUGAUCCUCCUACAGGUUCGAACACAAAAACGAAUACAACACAUGAACGUGAUCUACAAAAUUUAUUGAUUCAACAAACUGAAAAAGUUCUGCGAACAAAUUUACAGCAAUUUCAUCGAACAUUAACUGAACCGAAUUCAUCGAUAAACAACAAUAAUUUCGAUCAAAAAUUAGCUCAAGCCAUUUUUGACAAGUGUGUGAGCAAGGAAAUCUUCCAAGAAUUACCCGACGUUAUUGAUGCUUCGGCACCACCGCCACCUAAACCAUUACGGCAGACAUCGAAUACAUCAUCAUCUUUAACCUCGCUGACGAAACCUUCGUCUUCUCAACCGACGUGGAGUAAUUCUUCAAGUGCAUCUUGGGAGAUCAAAUCUCGUAACGAUAAUAUCCGUAAAGUAAUCGUUUCGAAAAGGUCAGCUGCAGACGAAGAAGAAGAUACGAUUAAAGAAGACGACGAAGACGAACAUUUAACUAAUGGUACGACAAAAUAUCAAGCAAUAACAACAACUGAAAGUAUUGAGUUCGAUAAUGGUCUUAAAUUAGAUUUAAGUUCAGCAGAUGAUGAACUAACCGACCGAAAUCGAAAUCGUCGAUCGGUUGAUUCAGAUUUAGAAGCAAUUAAACGCUCCAAAGCAAAAGUUGGUGAAUGGCAAACAAAUUUUACUCUAACUGAAUCCAAGUCCCCACAUUCAGGAGACGAAACACCACGUAGUACUCGUGACGCACUUUUUCUGACAGUUCCUAUUUCUGCUAACAAAGAUCUAAGUCCUCGUGUCGGUGACAAACCUCUUGAAGAUCUCGCUGAUGAUGAUUUAUACGCAGAUGAUGAAUCUUCUUCCUAUCCAAUUCCUAUAAAUACCGUCACACUCGGUGAACAUUCUCAAGUCAGUGAUAACGAAUCGAUAACUAACCGAAAAUUAUUUCCUCUACCUGCAAAUCUUCUUCUACAAAAUCAUUCUUCCUGUUCAUUUCGACGACCUUCCUAUACAUACGAAUCGGAUAACGACUCCAUCACAUCCACAUCUAAUACAAGUCUAGCAGAAAUGAAAACAUUUAUCGACGAAGAUAAAUUCCGAAUGGAUCCAUCGAUUACAGAUCCUAAGUUUGUUCAACGACCUAAAGAUACCACCUCACGUCAUGGAGAAACAGCGAAAUUUAAAACUAAAGUUCAAGGCACUGAACCUAUCGAUAUCUUCUGGUUUCGUUUCGGUACCGACGACGAACUUGUCAACGACGAAAAAUACCAAUUAAGUCAUGAUGAUUCCUACCAUUAUUUGAAAAUCUAUUCCACUCGAAAAGAAGAUGAAGGAGCAUAUCUUUGUGUCGUUGCUAACGAUAAAGCACAAAACGUUGACAUAGCCAAACUGUCCGUAAAAGACAAUAAACGACAAUUUAAUCCCCCGACAAUCAUUAGUGAAUUUAUUGAUACAGAUGUUUGUGAAGGUGCAUCGUUAACUUUAAAAUGCAAACUCGAUCAAGGUUAUCCGAAAUCAAGAGUUUUGUGGUACAAAGAAAAUACAUUGAUUCAACCUAAUGAGCAUUAUAAACUAUAUUAUUAUGGUGAUGGACAACAUGUUUUACAUGUCGAUGAAGCAACCAUCGAAGAUGACAAUGGGACGUUUACGUGCUUGGCACUUAAUGCUGCUGGACGCGUGCAAAUUACAGCCGAUGUGUUUGUUCACGAAAAAGAAGUUAUCGACAUACCUCACGAUUCUCCUGUGGUUCGAACUAUUCCAAGAUCAUUGAGAAAACAAAAAGCAACUCGAAAACAUUCGGAUAUGGACGACGAUGACGAACAACAGGAAGGCGAACCAUUGACAAUGUCUCCACCGUUGUCACCCAUUCCAAGACCAGUUCAAAGUGAUGACGAAGAACUUAACGCCAAACGUUACAUGGACAAAUUUCGAAGCGAUCGAUCAAGUCAAUUGCUCGAAGAUUGGCAACAUCUGUAUGAAGCAAGCGUACAAUCGUUGGAAUCCGAUGAUGUCGGUGUGAGGUCUGUACCACGACAACAAAAGCCAUUCUAUCUUGAACGUAGACCGUCGAUCGAAAAACCGAUUGAGGAAGCUCCUCGAUCACCAAUUCCACUUCCACAACCGGAACGUAAUGUAAUCAAACCCAAAUGGGAAAUACGUUUACCUCAAUUGCUGAAUAGUACCGUGGGACCUGAUCGUCAAAUACGUGAUCAUACACGACGACAUACAACUAAUAUUGUUUUCCAACAAAAUCAACAACAAUCUACUCUGACAAGCCUACCAACUACUCAGUUCAAUCCUGUCUCUCUUCAAUCAAUUUCUGCCUCACCCAUGCCAACUGAAACUGACAACGGCGAAUCGUCCAGUCCACUUGUUCGACAACUGAAGCAGAAAUUCGAUCGAAUGUCAACGACAAAUUUAACCCACGAAUAUAGUAAAAAUCAUCCCCAGUCGCACAUUCAUCGAGUAGGAUAUGAUGAAACUGAUGGUGCUUAUCCGCUCUUGCCGGUGGCUAGUUUGACAUGUCGAGGAUUAACAUCGAAUAAUGGCGAACGUUCAACAACCAAAUCUCGUCCUGUAUUGCCAAUAAAUGAGAAGAAAACUAAUCCAAUCACUAGUGUUUCAUUCGAUGCUGGUUUACCAACAAACAGAACAUCUCAUGACAAAGGUAAUAACGAUUCAAUUAUGAGUUUACCUCAACGUUUUGAUAACCAACACUCUACAACAAAUGUUGUAAAACAAUUAAUUGGUGGUGGUAGUGGUGCCACGCUUGUAUAUGAUAGUUCGACCCCAAAUAAUAAAACAUCACCUUCAUCUGCUCCUUCAUUUCAACAUCAAUACUAUCCCAAUCAUCAGUACCAACAACAACGAAAAGAGCAUGUGCGAAUUGAACAAACUACACAGAGCUUAACUAAAAAAAUGACUAAUCAUCAAUCUACUAAUAAAAACUCAUUAACAUUAACAGGAAGACAACUACAACCUAAUUCUUCUCCUUCACAUAACACAAAAUCAAAAUCUACUAAAAAUGUAAACAACAACGACAAUAGCAAUAAUAAUAAUAAUAACAAUCAUGAAAAACAACAAGAUUUGAUUCCAACCAAAGAUUCUCGAGAUCGAUCAACACCAUUGUCAGAUAAAACAUCUAAUCCCGCAAAAUCUGUGCAAACAAAAUCUACCGACAACUCAUUUGACUUGACAUCUCCUUCCUCAUCUAAUCUAUCGACACGUUCAAUAACUCCAGUUGGAAGAAAAUCUGUUCUUGCACGUGCCGAACUUUGGGAUCGUCGUAUUAGUACUAAUGAAAAUGAUAACAAUGAUGUGACUAUAACUGGAGUAGUACGUACGACUACAGGAAAAAACGGAAUAUCUAUCUACCAUUUCAAUAUCAGAAGACAAUCAAAGAUGACUGAAGCCAUAUUAGCUACUCGCCUUCGUGAUAUUGAAGAGGAAAUUAAAUCGGAACGAGAUAUUCGAUUUCGCCAGGAAAAAGAAUUAUCAGCUUUGAAAAUCGAUUUUGAUGAAUUGGAACAACAAUUGGAUGAAGCAACUACGGCUCGGGAUCGAGAAUUUGAUGCAAACAAACGUUUAAAACAAGAAAUUCAUGAUCUACGUCAAAAACUCGAACUUCAAUCAACCGAAUACGAUGAGAAUCAAAGCGGAUUUCGUCGUCGUUUUCAGGAUACCGUUUCGGACUUAACAAGUCAAGUCGAAGCUUUAAGUAAAGGCAAAGCCAGGCACGACAAGGAAAGUAAAACAUUCAUCCUGGAAAUCGAAGAACUGAAAACUGAAGUGGAAUCGUUAGCCAAAGGAAAAAGUCAAGCUGUAUCAAUGAACAAAGAACUCGAAUCACGAUUGAUCGAAAUGACCAACAAAGUCGACGAUGCUAUUCGCCAAUUAACCGAAGCAAAUACAGCGAAAGCACGUCUUGCCGAAGAAAAUCUUACAUUCAGUCGUCGACUUGAAACAGUUGAAUUCGAAUUAACAACAAUACAAACAACAUAUCGACGAGCACAGGGAGAUCUCGAAGACGCUCGCAUUCAGUUAGAAUCGGAAAUGGCUACAAAUCGCACUUUACAAUCGACAGUGAAGACAUUUCAAAUGGAUUUAGAGUCAACAAGAUUGCAAUUGGAAGAUGAACUGGAAGCCAAAGCAGAAUUACAAAAGACAUUAAUCAAAAUUCAGGAAGAAACACGACAUUUACGCGAUCGUUAUGAAAAAGAGCUCGAAGCAAAGAAUGAGGAAAUCGAAGAUCACAGACGUCGAUUCAAUGCACGUAUCACCGAAAUUCAAGAGCAAUUAACCGAUGUUAUGACCAAAGCGAGUAAUCUAGAAAAAGUCAAACAACGUCUUCAAGGCGAACUGGACAAAAUCGCCGAUGAAGUUGAUAAACAACGCAAACGAGCUGAUGAGGCUACUCGUCGUAAUAAACAGCUUGAAACGGAAGUUGCUGACAAUCGUCAACGUUUGAGUCAAUUGAAUGCAGAAUUAGAAUCAGCUUUACAAGCUUAUCGUAACUAUCAAAGUGAAUUGGUCAAGGUGAAAAGUUUGAAUGAACAACUGACAGAACAAAUCGAAAUCAUCACACGAGACAGACGUCGUCUGCAAGAUGAAAUGGACGUUCAAUUGAAUCAAAUCUCUGAUUUGAACACGCGUAUUAUUGAGAUGGAUCGUCUUCGUAAACAACUCGAAGCGGAGAAAUUAUCAUUGAAUUCAACAAUUGAAGAUUAUCGCGAACAACUACAAAUCGAAGUGACCAAAUACAAUAAUUUACAUGGUUCAGUUGAACGAAUGCGCACGGAUUUAGAGAAGAAAUUAGCUGAAAAAGAAGGAGAACUUGAAACAAUUCGUUCGGGUCAUCGAAGACAAAUCGAACAAUUACAAGCGCAAAUUGAAGAACUUGAAGCACGAUACAAAUCAGAUUUGAGCCGUUUGAAGAACAAAUAUCAAGCAGAAAUCGAAGAACUUCAUGUUCGUUUUGAAACAAUCAAAAGAGCCAAAGCUGAUUUAGAAAACCAAUUGAAAAAACUUCAAGCCAAUCUCAAAGAUUUACAAGAUCAAUUCAUCGAAGAGCAAACACUUCACGAAGCUACACGAGAGUUACUUGCUGCAGCAGAUAAACGAAAUGGUAUCCUUCGUGGAGAAAUCGAAGAAAUUCGUAUUCUACUCGACCGCAGCGAAAAAGCUCGUAAAACAACCGAACUUGAACUACACGAUUCCGAGCAACGUUUAACCGAAGUCACAUCAUUUGCUAAUCGUGCUAUUGCUGAAAGAAAGAAAUUCGAAGCAGAUGCCAUCCAAUACCAAGGAGAAAUCGCUGACAUCCGACAAGAAUUGAAGAUCGUCGAUGAACGAGCACGUAAACUCGGUGCGGAAUUAAUCCAUCGUGAUGAAGAUAUUCGUCAUGAACGGGAGAAAGCGGCUGAAGCUGAAGCUUCGAAACGUGCAUUAGAUCAACAGUUACGUGAAUGUAAUGCGAAAAUCGACGAAGCUGAAGCUUAUGCUCGUGCUGAAGGCAAACGAAUCGCUGCUAAAUACGAAGGACGUAUUGCCCAACUUGAAACUGAACUGGAACUGGAACGUGCUCGUUAUCAAGAACUCCUUAAAGAUUUACGUCGUUAUGAAAAACGUGUGAAAGAUUUAUUAUCUCAAGUUGAUGAAGAACAAACAAAAGUUCUUUCACUUACUGAUUCAAUAAGUAAAGUUAAUGAUAAAAUGCGUGUUUAUAAAGCACAAAUCGAAACUGCCGAGGCAUCAGCUGCCCAGGUCUUAACUCGCGCUCGUCGACUCGAACGAGAGCUUGAAGAUGCAGAAGAACGUGCUGAAAUGGUCACAACAACCUUAAUUCGUGCUCGAUCUGUUCAUCGAUCUGUUGACUACGAAUAA